GGUGCGGAGCCGGAAGUCGAGCGACGGGUGGCGCGGAGUUCUGCCUGCUGGAGGGCUGCCGUUGGAGCCGUUGAGGCGGAGGCGGCGCAGCUCCGCGCACAGGGCUCCAGAUGGAAUCGGCGCCGGGGCCUGGACCCGGCCUCUGCUACAAGCCGGGCGGGCGGCUGGACAUGAGCCACGGCUUCGUCCACCACAUUCGACGGAACCAGCUCGCCCGGGACGACUACGACAAGAAGGUAAAGCAGGCGGCCAAGGAGAAGGUGAGGAGGCGGCACACGCCCGCGCCCACUCGGCCCCGCAAGCCGGACCUGCAGGUGUAUCUGCCGCGACACCGAGAUGCCUCUACCCAUCCAAGCAACCCAGACUGUGAGGAGUCCAGUGAAAGCAGCAGUAGUGGCGGCUCUGAGCCAGAGCCUCCUGGUCAUCAGCUCUUCUGCCUAGAAUAUGAGGCGGACAGCGGAGACAUCACAUCAGUUAUCGUGUAUCAGGAUGAUGAUCCAGGAAGGGUGAGUGACAAGGUGUCAGCACAUACGCCUCUGGAGCCACCUAUGCGAGAGGCCCUCAAGUUGCGCAUCCAGGAGGAGAUUGCAAAGCGUCAGAGCCGACCCUGACCAGCCUGGAUUCGCUGCCCAGGGAGCCGCCCUUAGUUUGGGGGUGCCAGGACCAGUCUGGGCUGAUCUUGAGACACACACCCCACCCCCAGAGCCGCCACAUCUACAGGAAAAGGGCGUCACCAGGACUAUGCCUGGCCGCCUCCCUUGUAGCCAUUCUUUCUUGUAGAUUGGCCCAUUCAACCAGCCUAAUUUCUGGGAUUUUUUGAGGAUUUUGUUUGGUUAGUUUGGUGUUCUGGAAGCAAGGAUCCCAAGGAGAGCUGAGGUUUAUGAAGCCUUGUGCCAACAUGCUGCUUUCUCUCUGGGGUCACAUGCUCUGGGACACCCACCUCGUGAGCCCUCUUUGUUAUGUUAUGGUUCCUUUCUUCCAUAUUUCUCCUCACUUCCAUCCCUGCUUUCCUAGAUCUUUUCAGCUCUGUGUCUUUGUUCUUUUCUUUCCUUCCUCUUUCUUUCUCCAAAUUCAUCAGUUCCACCCCCUACCCCCCACCUCCCAGUGUGACUGGGCACCUACAACUGCUCAGGACUUGGCAGGUGGGGGUUCUGGGCUCUACCUUUCUAACCAGCUCUCCAGUGAUUCUGGUACCAAUCCAGUGGGAGCUCUUCUUUGAUGCUCACAUACAAUCAUGUCCCUUCCCCUUCCAUGGCUUUUGCACGUUUCUCUCACACCCGGCUACUCAGCCUGGUCUAGAUAAGGGCACCUAGAAAGAUGAUGCCAGAACUAAACUGAGAGGAUUUCUCAUCCUGCCUUGGUUUGGACUACAGAGCCCCAGCUUCUAACCCCACCCCCCACCCCUGAGCUGUGAACAGACCGUCCUCUGUUCAGGCUGAAGAGGGAUUAUCAAAACAAGCUUGAAACUGUGUUACCAAGUAUGAUUGAACAGUCUUUAAUGCCCACAGGAAGGGAAAUUCAACAUGAGCGAUAACUGCCUAUUCAAUCAUUGCCUAAUAGGGAAAAAGGAAAAAAAAAAAGCCUGAACAGUGCCCUCAGGGAAGCAAA